UACCACUCCGAUGUAAAUUACCCGCAAACCAAGGGAAUGCAGGAAUAUACCGAUGGCUACCUCCAUUGAAUGCAUAUGACUACGUGAUAUUGUGCUUUCUCUUUCCUAUGAAUGCAAAAACAAAAACAAAUUCGGCUGUUGGAGGAUUGCUUUGCAUUUUGCCCUCUGGACCCGAGCAUGAUCUUCCUAGCUCGACUGGCAAAUCUCCGGAGAUCCGGGAACAAAGUGCUCGGCGCAAUGACCAAGUGUGUUUGUGCAGGGCAUCACACCGCUGGAACUAGGCUGCGGGUGCUGGUAGACAUGGACGGGGUGUUGGCUGAUUUCGAAGGUGGAUUCUUGAAAAAGUUCAGGGACACGUAUCCCAAAGAUCCCUACAUCGAGCUGCAAGAUCGCAGAGGUUUCUGGGUUUCAGCACAGUAUGGGGAAUUGCAUCCUGAUCUCUGUGAGAAAGCAAUAAGUAUAUGGGAGUCAAAGAACUUUUUCAUUGAACUUGAACCUAUUCCUGGUGCGGUGGAGGCUGUGAAAGAGAUGACCAACAUGAAAGACACUGAUGUGUUCAUUUGCACCAGUCCAAUAAAGAAGUAUAAAUACUGCCCUUACGAAAAAUAUGCCUGGGUGGAGAAACAUUUCGGUAAAGAGUUUCUGGAGCUAAUGGUACUAACUCGGGACAAAACGCUGGUAUCAGGCAAUUUGCUGAUAGAUGACAAACCAGAUAUAUCAGGUGUGGAACCUUGUCCUAAAUGGGAGCAUGUACUUUUCUCGGCCUGUCACAAUAUGCAUAUACAACUGAGACCCCCAAAAAGGCGACUGCAUUCUUGGGAUGAUUGGAAACCACUACUUGACAGCAAACGACAAUGAUGACCUGAAUGGAGCCUGAAAUGUCUCAAUGACAUGGAACAAUGAAAAUUAAUUGCCUGAUGCAGAACUCAAGGAAUGGCAUGUGAAGUUAGUUGAUAACUGCUGGUUAUUUUGCGUGCAAACAAUUUGCCUUGUGUGAGGGAUUCUGUUUUCCUGUGUUUUUCAUUGGUUUGGUACUUUUCAAUCAAAGUACAUUAUUUAGGAGAUGAUACAGGUUUGGUUAGAAUUCAAUAACAUGCUAGUAAUUGCACCAAUUUUCUAUCCCUUGCAUACAUUGUGUAGCAUGGUGUAGUUGUCAAAGCUACCAAAAUAAAGAAUCAAACAUAAUCCUAUUCUGAAGAAGGGUCACAUGACCUAAACUGUUGGCUCUGCAUUCUCUCCACAGAUGCUGCCAGACCUGCUAAGUUUCUCCAGCAAUUUCUGUUUUUGUUUCAUAACAUUCAGCUGUUCUGUGGUAUUUAAUAUGUUGCAAGUUAGAGUUUCAACCAUGUCCAGAAAUACUUGACAAAAGGCUCAUCGUCAAAUAACAAACCCACCCAAUUUAGUUAUUCACCAGUGUGUUGAUUUUAUUUUUUGUACCUGCUGCUUUUCAAUUUUGUAUAAAAUUUGUUGCAGCGAUUAUCAGCUCUAUUGCUGUGAUAUACAGUGAGUACUGUUACUGUUGCUCAUCAGAAAAUGCUGUUCAGUAAUCCAUCGCUGUUGUAAACUUGACAUCCCUGGCAGUGCAGUGGCAUCGUUACUAUCAAUUACAUUUAGUUCAGUUGAUGAUGACGCACACCAAAUAACAACCCCCUACUUUCCCUACUACCGAAUAGACAUAAUAACUGGGAAAUCUCUGUCCAACUCAACCUUUCGGAUGUUCUGUAAGGUAGGGUUGUGGUUACAUGCACAAAGGGUGAUGCAAAAUCAUUUUCAAGGACUUUGUGCAGCAUUACAUUAGAAAUCCAACCGAUCCAAUAAUUUGAACGUAAUCUGGUAUUAACUUCUUAACUGUCUCAUCCGAUUAAAUAGCAGUUAAACUGCCUUUUUGAUUACUCUUGUGGUCAACAGUUGAAAGGGUAGAAAUGCACUGCAUAUUCAAAUAAAUUCAAACCAAGGAUUAUCAUUUACUUUUAAAACUAGCACAGUACAAAAUUUGAUUUUCUUAGCUUAUACUUCGCUUGUAAGUAACCAAUAUUGCUGGUGCAUGUGCACAACAAAAAGAAACCACUUUUCGCCCAAAAUGAUUAGCAAAGAUGGCAGCUAAAAAAAAGCUUAUAUAUAUAUAUAUAUAUAUAUGUGUGUAAAACUCUAUAAAGUCAUUUAAAAAUUAUAGACUUGAAAUAUAUUUUAAUUUUGUAUGGUAUUUAAUUUU